UCCAACCCUGAGAUCUGAGCCUCUACUUUAGUCAAUCCUCUUUGGUGCUAUGUACGCUUGUUAGUAAGCCAAACAAUAAUCAAUGAAUUAUUAAUAUCAAAGUUAAUUCGAACAUUUCUAACGUGUUUUACUGAUAAUCAUGGACGAUCUGCAGAAUUAUAAAUUGCAGCUUCAACAAGUUGAAGCUGCGUUGACGACUGAUCCCACUAAUGAGGAAUUGUUAAAACUGAAAAUUGAUCUUGAGGAGGUUAUUGAGCUGACACAAGACCUCAUAAAGUCACAGCAACAGGAGAAGAGGCAGAGCAAUGGCAUGGACGCCAAGGAUCCCAUUCUCUUGGCUGUUUUGGCGAAUAAGUGGAAAGUUGGGGACUCGUGUAUGGCACCUUGGAGUGAGGAUGGGAAAUAUUACGAGGCCACGAUAGAUGCAAUAAACGAGGAUGGUCUUGUGAAUAUAACAUUCAAUGAGUUCAAAAACACAGACGUUACAAUGCUAAACCAAUUGAAAUCAGUUGCAAAGAGGCCUGCGUCUGAUUGGGCAGAUCAAAAGUCCAAGAGAAGGAAAAUGCAGGUAGCAGCUGCAGUGGGGACGGAUCCCACCAAACAGAGGGAGUACCUCAAGAAAAAGAAACAGAAAAAGUUACAGCGUUUCAAAGAACUCGAGGAGGAGCGCGAACAGGAGAAGAAUAAGUGGCUAGCGUUUUCGACGAAGUCAGCGAAGAAAGGAGUCGUUAAGAAAAGUAUAUUUGCAACACCUGAAAACGUUAAUGGUAGAGUAGGAAUUGGCACUUGUGGUGUUAGUGGUAAAGAAAUGACCAAGUUUAGCAAUGGUGAAAAAUGGAGACGUGGCACCUAAGGAUCUCAUUCAUCCUUAUUGUACAUAAAUGCAUAAGAUAAAUCCAAAUGUUGAUUUAAGGAUAAAUAAUAUUAAGAAGUAUAUCGAUAUUACCGUAUCCUUGAUAUAAUAUCAGUGCAAAUUUGCAUUAAUCAACCAAUUGUUAUUAUAGGGUUUCGCACUCGGCAGAAGGAAGUAUAUGUCUUUCAACUACCUUUCUCUUCCUUUUUUAAAAUUAUAAUCAUAAUUGAUUUCGUGGAGGAGUCGGCACAUAAGAAUUUGAGGUUUUUGGAAAUUAUUGAAUUAUUUGAGUAGCUGAUGAUGUGAGGAAACCUUUUUUGUAGAGGAAUUUUAUAAGCUACGAAGACUUCCUCUGCACUAACUUGACGUGUUCUUGACUUUUUCUCUGCAGAAUAUUCAUUACUGAAAUCGUUCCAUAAUUGGAUGGAGAACAAUAUCCUCCCUUCUGGAAAGAACAUCGCCCUUCAGUUUUUAAUAAAUAUCCCUGAAAUUAAGGGCGGUGGAGAAAUUUUCAUGAAGAUAUUCUCUGUAAAGAAAAUCAAUAGCUAAAAGGAAGUUCGAACGAAAAUUUAUCCACCUUCCUUGGAAUCAACGAUAUUUAUAGAAAGCUUAUUUGAGAGUUGAAGUUGACUUCUCUUUUGUUACUACUUCCUCGCCGGAGACAAUUCUUAUUUUUUUUUGUAAUUAUUAUCAUCGUGUUCGAUUGUUUGGAACUGUGAAAAACCCCGUUGGUGAAAAUGUAUGGUAGAAUUGAGAAAUUUUGUAUUAAAAAAUGAAAACAUGAAA